AUGGGGUCAUCUCAUGCCAUUGUCGCGUGUGCUGCCUUGAUCGUGUUGUUAUCCACCAACGCGAGAGGACUCAGGGUGCGGAAAGACAAAGACGUACUGUUGGCAACGAGUUUUCUUUCCCACCAUGGAGAAUAUCAGAAUCCCACUGGCACAUAUAACCUUAUCAAGGAGAUUCGGAGGGUGGAAGCGGAAAUCGAAGAUGAGGUUGAAACACUAAACAGAGACAGAAGGCUGCAUCGUGGGCACAACAAAUAUGCCGAUGACGACAUCCGACAGGGGCUAAAGGGCGAGCAAGAUAUGGGCGCUUCAGAAAAUAUUCCCGUUGCGGAGCUCGAACCACAGGAUUUAGAUCGGGAGGCGAAGUAUCCUGUGCGGAUGUUGAUUGUGGACAAGCGUUCUGAUGAUGAUGAUGAAGAGACCAAAACCUCGUUUGUGGAGACGGCGCUACAUUCGGAUCUUGCGCAACGCGUUGUAAAGGAGCUGAACGGGCAUGUGGACGUCCUUAGAGAAAGUGGCGUGGUUUUAGUGGAUCUUCCAGCACAAACCACCGACAAACAACUGCAGGAAUUGAUCGAAACCGCCAGGGCACAAGGCACCAUAGUAGAGCCGGAUCACUUGGUUCAAAGUGUCAAUACAUCGUCGAAAGGAUCAAAUGACCCACUUCUGGAUCGUCUCUGGGGAAUGGAUGCGUUGAACGUGAAAGAGGCUUGGGACAUCAUCACUACCGGCGAGCCUAAUAUGGGGGGUCGGAGGCCACUAGUUUGUGUGUUAGAUACUGGCAUCGAUUAUAAUCAUCCAGACUUACGGGACAACAUGGAAGUGAACCAGGCAGAGAGGGACGGCACGCUUGGAGUUGACGACGACAAUAACGGUGAGGUUGACGACAUCUACGGGGCCAACAUGCUCAGCAAGGAAAACGACCCUGCGGAUGAUCACUCUCACGGCACUCAUGUUGCCGGAACCAUCGGUGCUCACGGAAACAACGGUAUAGGAGUUGCUGGUGUUGCAUGGGCGCCCCGUCUGCUUCCGUGCAAAUUCCUCGCCUAUACAGGAAGAGGAUACAGCUCGGAUGCAGUCCGCUGCAUCGACUACUGCGUCAAAAGGGGUGCUGAUAUUGUUAACCAUAGCUGGGGAGGUUCAUGGCCAAGUGAAGCGCUUCGUGAAGCGGUGGUGCGGACGGCGAACAACGGUCUCAUUCACAUCUUCGCAGCAGGAAAUGACGGAGUAGAUAUCGACCAGACGGCCUUUUAUCCAGCCGCAUUCUCGACUGAAGCGGACGGGCUGAUCACAGUUGCUAAUGUGAAAGGAGAUCCAGACCAUGGAGGGAAACGUAUAAUUGAACUGGAUCGUUCUAGUAACUAUGGAAUACAGCGCGUCCAGGUCGCCUGUCCAGGGAUGUGGAUUUUAUCUACUGUCCCUACCAGCGGUUCUUCGCAAGAGCCCUAUGCGGAGAAGAGCGGGACAUCAAUGGCUGCUCCCGCUCUCAGCGGCAUCGUUGCUUUAAUGCUCGCGGUGAAUCCUGGACUGAGUACGCGACAGGUCAGAGAGGGUUUACGACAGUGCUCCGUCCAGCAGCCCCUUUUGCAAGGCAAAGUAGAAUGGGGCAGUAUGCCUGAUGCUAAACGCUGCGUCGAGUAUGCGCUGACAACUCACGCAGAAGGUCGGCACAAGUCUUUCAUAAGGGAACCCUCAACCGAGACUUCGACACCCCCACCUCCUCCACCAGCACAGCCUACACCCCAGCCGCAGCCACAUCCUCCUCCUCAACCCGAGACUCCACCAUGCGCGCCUUCACCACCGCCGCCGACCCCACCAUGCGCGCCUUCACCAUCGCCGCCGACCCCACCCCCGGGGUCACCACACAAACCUGAACCGCAGACGCCUGUUUACCCUGAGGUUCCACGAUCCACGCGGUCACCGCCGCCGUCGCCUCCCCCAACGGAAUCUGCACCCGAAGCUCCUCCUUCCGAUACUCCCUCAUGUCGUGUGCCUCCUUGCAGCAGUUCUCCACGAAGCGGCUCUCAACCAAAGCCACCUCAAGAUAACACUACUACACCGAAGAUGCCCUCACUCUCCUCUCCACCGACCGAACAUUCUACAGCCCAGCCACCUAAACACGAAAAUGACGCACGUGAACAGGAGCCACCAACCGACGAGGAUGACUUCUCAUCCGUUAAGGGUAAAAAGUUAGGUGCCUACGAAUCGGACGGUUCGCCUCGGGCCUCCUCCUGUGCCGGAGCAGGAGUUCUCGGUGUUUUUUUCAUGGUUGUUGGACUGACCGUGUAACUUUCACCUCAACAUAGCUGGAAAAACACACAAACAUAUUUCUGCGCAGAUGGGGAGGCGAAAGACGGCAUAUGCUGGUAGAUUGGGGCAUGAAUACUCCUAGCUCCUCGACGCAAAGGUGUGGCAGGAAACGCAGCAUUUUUUUUAGAAAUGUGCCGUCAUUAAAUAAGUAGCUUAUCGUCUCCACGAACGUGGGAGUGUUUCCAUGACGCCACGUUGUAACAUCUUUUUCAUUCUUCCCGGUACGUAGUGGUGGCGUUGCUAUUUUGACGUGUUUCUCUUCUAAUGUAGUAGAUCGAUCCUGUAUGUCAGUCGCCUACGCGUUAAUGCAUGCAUUUAUGCAUUCUGCACAUAUUUUGACCGCAACAGGGAGAAAUUGUUGCGAACAGUUUCGUUUAAUCUCGCCACUAGCAGCCAUUUGCUGAUCACUUGCAGUAGCCUUCACCCCUAUCGAGCUUCUGUCUACACGGGAUCAGUCUCCCGUCUGUCCUCAAUCUCCCCAAAUGUAUACCAGUUGCUGCUACUAAAACUUUCGGUAUAACAUUUGGAUUUGUAGAUGCGUGGCAGAAGUUGUAGAUUUGUGUUUCCCAUCGUAGAAUGGCUGUGAAUGGUACAGAUCCCGUGAAACAGUAUGGCUUUUCUUCCGCUGUGAGGCCUUCUCAAGGAUUUUUUGUCCGGCUGUGUGAUCUCUUCCGAAAAUCGACAGCUGUUGAUGUGCUUACUGGCGAUGAUGUAUCACUGUCUAAUAUUUUUCGAGAGCCACAGUGAGAGGAUUCUUUCCUCACCUGUCUCCUACCUUUGAAGGGCACUGUGUACAGAGUUUGAAGACGGGACAGAGGGUAAAAAUUAAGAAAUGAUGUGGACCCAUGCUAUGUGUCAUAGGUAGAAGACGUCUGUCUAGUCAUGGUGAAAAAGCGAACGCAUCACGCUGAAUGCAGUCGGUUAGAAGUUGUUUCCUAUGUGCUCCCAGCUGGAGUAACAGAGACUCGUGUGCGGGAAUACGUGAAAAUUGUGGAUGUCAGAAAGACUUUUCCCACAUUGGCUGGACAAUACGUUCGCAACUCUCACUUGAGGUCCUGCCGUGUAGGUCAAGAUAUUUCCCUCGCG